CUUGCUCCUAGGCGGUGUCGUGACGGCUCCGCCCUUGGACGGAAGUGGCCAAUAGAAGGUGAGGAUCGCUCAAGAGGCUGUACGUCACGUCGGGGACACCGGAAGCUUUCAGGAACCGGCGGAAUUUAGUGCUGUUCUGUAAGCUAGGUAUUCGUGGUGCUGGCGGCACGCGGAGGCACCUUAGAGCGUCUAUAGUUGUCUGGCCUCACGGCCGUGGACCUUCGAUAGGCCUUAACAAUAACCCUCUAAAGGCCGCAGCAGGUCUAGAUAGCACAGUCGGGGCCCUCGGUGCCUGUGGGUCAGGGCCGCAGCCUUGCUUGGUGUUCGGCGGCGGGAGCAGCUCAGCUUUUUCAAUCUGUGUGCCUUCCCGGAGACCGACGAAAAGCUUCCUUGGAAUUUCGAUUCACCGGGUGACCUUGAGCUCUGGGCGACGCCUUGCUGGUAGUUCCUGGCUGCACUCGGCUGUUCAGGAACUUUGUGAGAACUUCAAUACAUGGAAACACUGUCCAGGCUCCCACCAGUGUGUGUCUGAAGGUCUCAGUAUAAAACCAGGAGCAGAGUAUUGCAUAUCAGCCAGCCAGCCAGCCAUACACUUAGUUCCUAAAAUUUCAUGGACUUUUAAAGAGGCACCAUGGCCUGUGCUGCAGUCUUGGCUCCUGCGAUGUUGCGAGGCUCUGUCGGAGCCGUCUGUACCCAGGCUGCUUUGCUGAGAGCGACACCCAAUGCCUUGCGCCACCUUACUCUAACCAGCAUAAUGAAAUCCAGAAGGAAAACGGAUCACUUGGAGAGAACCGCAAAUGUCCUUCGACACGAGGUCGUGUCAGCAGCUAAGGUGUGUGGAGCAGCCCCAGAGUCGCCCUCCGUGAAGAGGCUCCGCCUGCUUGUUGCCGAUACAGAUUUUACUUUUAAAGCUGGCCAGUGGAUUGAUUUCUUCAUCCCAGGAGUCUCUGUGGUUGGUGGGUUCUCAAUAUGCUCCAGUCCCAGACUGCUAGAACAAGAGAGAAUAAUAGAGCUGGCUGUGAAACAUACGAACCACCCUCCUGCUCUGUGGAUUCACAAUCAGUGUACACUUGACUCUGAAGUGGCCGUGAGAGUGGGUGGAGAGUUCUACUUUGACCCUCAGCCUGCAGAUGCCUCUAGGAACCUCGUGUUGAUUGCAGGAGGAGUCGGAAUUAACCCUCUGCUUUCCAUCCUGCGGCACUCGGCAGAUCUCCACAGAGAACGGGCAAACAAAGGAAGUGGCUACGAGAUAGGAACGAUAAAACUGUUCUACAGUGCAAAAAAUACCAGCGAACUCCUGUUUAAGAAAAAUAUCCUGGAUUUAGUAAAUGAAUUUCCUGAGAAGAUUGCAUGCAGUUUGCAUGUUACAAAGCAAACUACACAAAUCAGUGCCGAACUCAAGCCAUACAUCACGGAAGGAAGAAUAACGGAGAAGGAGAUAAGAGAUCAUAUUUCCAAAGAGACUUUGUUCUAUAUUUGUGGUCCACCGCCGAUGACCGACUUUUUCUCCAAGCAACUAGCAAAUAGCCAUGUGCCCAAAGAACACAUCUGCUUUGAGAAGUGGUGGUAGGGAGCAGCAACGGUGGAAGAGAGAAGAUUGAGAGAUUUCCUUAGGACAGUAAGAUUUUAUGUUCUGUGAUUUGUGGCAAGAUGAAUUUUCUUUACUUAGUCUGUUUUUUU